UACACAAUAUAUAGAGUAUAUCUGUCUGUCUGUUAAUCUGUUUCUUUCUAUCCAAAAAAAAGAACGAAUUCUUUUCUUUGGUGUUAUAGGGAUAGAAAUCAAAAUUGGAGGUAUAGAGCUUAAGGUAAUUCGUUAAUUAGUUGUUAUCAUAUUUUAUAUCAUCUUAUUACACUAAUUCUACAAAUUAAAAUUCAAAAUCCGACACCUUAGACUAGUUUUUGAGUUGAGCGCAUUGAACACACUCAUUUUUGUGAGUGCACCGAAGUAGUCACCAUAUAUAUAUAUAUAUAUAUAUAUAUAUAUAUAUAUAUAUAUAAGGUGCCUUCUACCAUACCCCGGGUGAAAUCGGGGUACCGCAUACCUUGAGUAUGAAAACACUAUCUAGACCUCGAAUUAGCAGGAUUUUUGGGCAUGAUACUAUACCCUAACCCUUAAUGAGUGAACCCUAUGUCUUAAUUAUCUAAAUCAUAAACUAUAAACCCUAAGAUGGUUCAUUGAUUUCCCUCUUGUAUUUGGACGAAUCAUAAUCGUCGAUUAUUGUUUCUAAUUAAAUUGAUCUUGGGGUAUAAGAUUUAGAGAAUUAAGACCUAGAUUUUGAUCUUUAAGGGUUAGAGUAUAUUAUUAUGUCCGAAAGAUCAGUCAAUUCAAGUUCUGGAUAGUGCUUCUUACUCAAGGUAUGCGGUACUCCAGAUUUCACCCUGAGUACCGUAGAACUCCCCAGAUAAAUACCUUCAUUCUGACUAAGAAAUAUUGUUUUUCUUUGAAGGAAUAAUAAAGACAUUAUCAAUGUAGGUUUGUUUGCAUGCAGAAUAAUCAAACGAGGCGCCUAAUUAAUCUUUAAUAACAUCAUUUUAUCAUGUGAAACGUUAAAUCUUCGUCAAUCCAAAUGUUAUAGCAGCUUUUGUUUACUGAUUGAUAAUUACCUUCAUACUUUGAAUUACUUUAUUGAAAUUAAUCCGUGCUUGCUUAAUCACAAAAGCUGACUAGUAAUUAAGCAAUGUAUAUCCUUACUCAUAUAUAUCCCAUAUAUGUAAAAAAAAUUAGUGUUAUAUAUUAUUAAAAACCCAGUCUUGGACUUUCCGAGUGGUCCAUUCUAUUAUCUUCAGUCUAUUCUUCCCAACCGAAAGAACCAUCCUUUCUUUUUUCUCUAUGCAAAAAUGCAAAAAAUAUGAAUGAUAUAAAACAUGAUCAACGUGCAUGUGUACGUUACCAAUCUACCUAACAUGUAUGGCCUCCACAUACGAAUUUCUCCUUCCACAUACGCAUCACGACGAAGAUGAUAUAAGUUGCUCGACUUGAAAUACAUAUUAGCGCCUUCCAAAGCCCUCGUUCGAAGACAUUUUCUUGCUAAUCUCGUUCAUUCACAAGAUGAGAGACUAAAUAAAUAGGCCUUAAAAGUUCAAAUAUGUUGUAUUAAAAACAUAAUACAAACUUACUUCUGUCUCUUCUAAUUUUACAUUGUCAAAAGUUCAUAACCUAAUAUAGAAAAAGGAUGCAAAAAUAAAAAAAAACAUUUCAUCGUGCAAAACUAAAAAACCGAUAGACAGCCUAUGCCGAAGGAAAAAAAAAAAAAAAAAAAAAAACCCCAUCUCUCUCGCCUCUCUCUAUCGUGGUGAGUGGGGGCGCAUUGUUCGCCGCCGUGCGACUUGCCGGUAACGGCCACGCCGCCAUCGUGCCCCGCCGGAUUAGGCCUGAGGCGCAGAUGGAGGCUUUAAAAUCCCUUCGUUGGGCUAUGCGAUUCCAUUCGCCCCAUUGGAUUUCCUCCCUCUCGUCAUUUCUUCUCCUUGCUCAGUUGCCGAACCCUAAAUUGGUUUUGCCCAGUAUGGCGGCUCUCAAUCCGGUGUUGUUUGGAGACGAUGAUGUCAUGGCUGGAGUUGAGCGCAGCGACCUGUCUCUCCUGGGCAGGAUCGUUGGGCCUUCGCCCCCCAUCCGCCAUCUCCAGACCACCCUUGGUCGACUGUGGCGGUGUCUCGGGACGCUUUCCAUCCUCCCAGCGCAGGAGGGGCUGCUGCAAUUUGUCUUUCCGACGGAGGCUGCUAUGAACGGAGUUUUGCGUGAGGCCCCCUGGUUCCUCCCCAAAUUCCUUGUCAACCUCGCUCCCUGGGUGGCGGUUACCCCUGAAGUGGCGGAGCAGCUUUGGCGCGUCCCUCUCCAGCUUCAGUUUUGGGAUAUUCCCCCCUCCUGCUGCACUCGAAAAGUGGGUACUUUGCUAGGCCUUGCCCUUGGCAGGUGCGAACCAACGGCAGUCCACAGGGAGGUAGUAACCGGUGAGCUGUACAUACACGCCAAAGUUUGGUUGGAUGCCAGAUCUCCGCUCCCGGUGUCAGUGCCUGCCUCACAUGAGAAAUCCAGUAAAGGAAGCUUCACGGCCACUGUCAAAUACAAAAGGCUCUCUCAAUUCUGCUUUCUGUGUGGGAUUCUUGGUCAUGUCGGCCAACGCUGCCCUCGACGGGAGGAACUCGCUGGUACGGUUACCCCGUACAGUAAAGAUCUGGUGUCGACGAGGUCAGGGCCAAAGGUGAACGAGCGCUCGUUAUUGAGCCGCAAGCAGUUCACUUGGGUUCGACAAGCUCGCGAAGGGACAGAGAAGAGCCUAGGCCAGCCUAGUCGAAGCCGUCCAUUGCCUUUGCCGCAAUCAACUGCUGCUGCCUCCCCUGCAGUGGGGGCUGCUCCUCUGUUUUUGCCGGCUGAACCAUCUCCGCUCGAGGCAGAGGCACAGUUGCAAGGGGGAGGUCAUGAUCCCCAUCAGCCUGCUUCUCUGGUGCGCUCCAGGCCUAUGCUGGAUGGUGCGGCGGACGUGUCUAUGGCAUUGAAGAAAGCUCGGGUGGACUUGAUGGACACCUCUGGUGACAAAGAGAAUGACUCAGUGGUGGAGGAACCCAGCCCAAACUGGUCCCAGCAGCCGCGAUGAGCAUGGUGGUGUGGAAUUGUCGGGGUUUGGGGUCCCCCCUGACGAUUCCCUCGUUGUUUGGGGCCGUUUGCCGCUUCUCCCCGUCGAUUGUCUUUCUAAGUGAGACUAAGCAUGAUGAUGAUUUUGUACAUAAGAAGCUUAGGCGUCUAGGAUUUCCAUUUACUCAUUGUGUUUCUCCUAUUGGUAGAGCAGGUGGUUUAGCUCUUGCGUGUUCUUCUUCCGUUGAUUGUCGAAUAUUAGGACAGGCUGGAUUCUUCUUGUUUGUAGAAUGCCAGCAUGUAGUUUGGGGUACAUUGGGCAUCUUGUUUGUUCAUCUUCACUGUGAUGUAAAUAUUCGUCUUUCUCAAUUCAAUGAACUUUUGCAUUUGUG